AUGGGUAAUGGACUGAGCAGCAAUGGUAGUAAUACUUCCCCAUCACAUUCAUUUUUGUCGAAUAAAAGAUCAAAUGCGAAAACGAAAGGCAAAGUAAUUGUUGUAAAGCAGAGAACGAAUUCGAUGGGCCCAUCAUGUUCCAGAAAUGAUGACAUAAUGAAACGCUUUCUAGAAAUCCCGAAAUUUUAUCCGAUUUUGAAAAGUUCUUUAAAUCAGCCAGGUUUACGUGAUCAGCCGGAGACAAUAUUCAAAAUUAAUGCUCGCCCAUUGUUGAAAUUUGCCUAUCGUUUACAAGAGCAUUUGUCACGGUGUGCUAAUGCUGUGGUUAUGAGACAGGAAUCGCUGGGAAAUUCGAUGAAAGAUGUGGAUCGCGAUAUUGCACUUUUGUUAGUACAGUUUAAUGAUCGAAAGAGAUCAAUGGAUCGUUUUCAGAAUUAUUUGGAAAAAAUUAGCGAUUUGCAAAUGCAUAUUUCAAAUUUUCGGUUUCUUUUCCAAGAUCUAAUGUCAGCGGUUGAAACCCUGAAUGAAAUCCUACCAGAACAAAGACGACUGCCAUUACUGGAUAUUGAUCGUCUUGUAAAUGUUCCAAAAAGUGCAUUAAAUGGAAAAUAUAUUCCAGAAACUGAAAGUAAUACCUACUCAGCAGACAACAAUCAAGAUGAUUUGCAUAUCAAGCCUGUUGAAGAGAUGAAACCGCUCGGGACGAAACAGAUUGUUGCAUUUGUUAAUUAUUUCUUGAUGAGAAAUGUUGAGAUGCUGCAAAAUUUUGUAUCUAAUGUUGAGCGAAGAAUUGUCGACAUGGAAAGGCGUUUGAAUCGAGUGGAAGUGGAGUUGAAACUUUUGGAACUUAAAUUAGAUAGUGUGCCAGGUCUGCAGAUCAUAGUUUCGAAAGCCACUGAGUUAUCUGAGAAACAACAAAAUGAUGGUCCACUUUUUAGUGGAAUUACGAUGGAAGAUACUAUGAAGAAGGACAGAGUAGUUCAGAAUGCGGAAGUAGUUAAUUCAGAACCAUUAUCUGCUUCGAGUUCUACCGCUACCCUUGAAAGACCACAUGAAUUGAUGGUUUCGAAAGCGUCUUCUAUGAAACAAAAUCAUUGCCUUCACAUUCGAGAUGACCCUCGCUAUGCUAUUUAUUUUAAAAUGCUUAAAAUGGGAGUACCCGAAUGCGCGGUAAAGCAAAAGAUGGCGAGUCAAGGAAUUGACACAGCACUUCUCCAAACACCAGACGCACUAUCUGAUUUACAUGAAGAUACGACAGCUAGCAUUGAAGGCAACGAAUCAACAAGUACUGAUAACGACGACCAGAAUUCCAUAUCUUCCAGUGAUUAUUGA